CUCAGUCGUGGGUUGUCAAUCAAAAUAUUCAGUUUUGGGAAUUUCCCAGAAACAAUCAACCAAUGUUUCCUUUUACCUUUAAAAGCACAACAGUUCGUGCCGAUGGAUUUACUGAAAUUUGAAUUCACCUUUACUAUUGUAAUACGCUGCUUACAUAUUUUAAGAGUAUAACUCACAUUUUAAUCAAUUCUAGGAAAGAAAAGUUGACAGCUAGACUUUGAUCGACAGCAAGCCUCGGUGAAAAAUGGUGACCAUCACAAUUCAUCGCGGAGAGCUACUACAGAUCAAGAGAAUAAUAACAAAAUACAAGAAAACGAAGUAUCUCAAGGGCAGUUUAUAUGGACUCUAUACCGAAUCAUACCAACCAGUUGUACUAAUAGCAUGUGGAGGAGAUAACAAGAAGAAAAUAGACGAAUAUCUAUGGGAAAACCAUAAACUAUUGCCACUCGGAGAAUGGAUCGUAUCAAAUUCCAAGAAAGCUCCAGAAGGUUCAAAGGAAACGGUGAUUGUGGAAUUUGACAACCAGGGGGAAUUUGUCAGUGCACAGUUCAAAGGCAAAGUAGCCACUUUGGAUAUUCUUGAAGGUCAAAGUGCUUUCCGGGACUACAAUGGCCUCGCAAAGUUCUUUCAAGAUAAAACAGGAGUAGAAAGUUCGCCAAUAAAAGUAGAAGAAAAACGAGAAGAAAUCAGUCCAUCUAAAAAUCAACUACCUGCUUCACAGUCAAGAUCUAAUAAGGAUCAUAUUAUCAACGUAGAGAGCCACAGUAAUGAUGUAUCGUGCUAUACCCGCACAUCUCAGUGGUACAACACUGAUCGAGAUAACUUCCAGAAUAUCUUUGAGUUUGUGCGUCGUCGUUUUGCAGAUGGAGGAACGGUCGAGAUGUGUAGAAACACUUCAACAGAAGACAUGACAUUCAAGUUCAACCAUUGCCAGCACCUUUGGGCUAUUGAAUUCCCAGCAGAAUUUCCUCGUGGCGUCGUAACACUGAAAAAGUUAAGCGAUAGCGCAAAUUCGAAAAGGGCCGUAUCAUCGCAGCAAACCAGAGCAGAAUUAUCAAACAUGAAGAAUAGAUUAAGAGAGGAAUUUAUUAACAUGUGUAAGUGUCCUGAGUGUUCAAAUUCAAAUCAAGAAAGUUGGGUGUAAUAAAAAAAAGAGAAAAGACUUUAGCUAGCCUGAAUUAAAGAACCAGUGAAAUAAAUAUCAAUUCCCUCAGAUAUUGCGUUACAAUAAACCUAAGCAAGGCAGAGCUCUACAAUAAGGUAUUUCAUUCAAAACUACAUAAUUAAAUACGAGAAAGUGGAAUCUCAAUUAAGUAAAACUCUUAAUUGGUUACGUUGCAUAAAUAAAAAUAUUACUGAAAAA